UUAUCCGCGACAAGAUAUAUGGAUAGUGUUCCGUAGAUUGCCAUCUCUCUUUUUCUCUCUCUCCCAUCUGGCCAUCUGCCAAAGCCAAGGGAGAAGAAAGAAGAAGACGCCGCACACAACACACAACUCAAAAACCUUAAAAAACCCAAAAAACAAAAAACACACACACACCUAUGUAUCUAUCCAUUUCUCUAUCUAUUCACUCAUCACUAACAUCAAACUCUCCAAAAUAACCGUUUCAUGUCUCGGAUCCUGUGAUUCGGAUCCCUAGGUAGGACCAACCAGCUCCCCCUUCAGCUUCUUUCUAUCGUUCUUUCAUUUUCUUGGGUCUCCGUUAUCCACCGUUUGAUCCGGUUCCCGGUUUUCCGCCAUGACGCGACGAUGCUCCCAUUGCAGCCACAAUGGGCAUAACUCGAGGACAUGCCCGAACCGCUACGCCGGUUCCGGGUCCGGUUCAGGACCUAUCCACGCUUCUGGGUCCAAUAACCCCGGUUCGCCCGGGGAUAACCACGAUAACGCGGCUACCGCUGACGGUUAUGCUUCCGAGGACUUCGUUCCUGGCUCCUCUUCUAGCUCCCGUGAAAGAAAGAAGGGGGUUCCAUGGACUGAGGAGGAGCAUAGAAUGUUUUUACUUGGAUUACAAAAGUUGGGCAAAGGUGAUUGGCGUGGAAUCGCAAGGAACUAUGUUAUAUCAAGGACCCCUACUCAAGUGGCCAGUCACGCUCAAAAGUAUUUCAUCAGGCAAAGCAAUGUGUCUAGACGGAAAAGACGCUCCAGCUUGUUUGACAUUGUUGCAGAUGAAGCAGCUGAUGAUACUCCAAUGGUACAGCAAGACUUCUUAUCAGCUAACCAGUUACAGGCUGAAACAGAAGGCAAUAACCCCUUGCCUGCGGUUCCCACCCUCGACGAAGAAUGUGAAUCCAUGGAUUCCACCAACUCCAAUGAUGGAGAUUCUGCGCCAUUAAAGCCUGAAAACUCUCAACCACCACAACAGCAGUCAUCUUAUCCGGUGCUGUAUCCUGCAUACUAUUCUCCUUUCUUCCCAUUUCCUCUGCCCUAUUGGUCAGGGUACAGUCCAGAGCCUAAUACUGUGAAGGAGGAGACACACGAGGUGCUGAAGCCAACUGCAGUGCAUUCCAAAGCACCAAUAAACGUUGACGAACUCGUUGGCAUGUCAAAACUGAGCUUGGGAGAGACUAUUGCAGACUCAGGCCCGUCCUCUCUGUCCCUGAAGCUUCAAGAAGAAGGGCCAUCUCGGCAGUCAGCGUUUCAUGCGACCCCAACAUGUGGCAGUUCGAAUAUGAAUGAGAGUGCUAUCCAUGCAGUUUGAGAUGUUUGUUUGUGUUGCAAGGAGGGCAUUGUAUUCAUGGCUCAUGAAAUGUGGUUCUCGUCUUCUCAUGUAUGUGGUUGUUGGGAUAUGUAUAACCUUAAUAAUUGUUUCUUUGCCCCCAUGAUGGGAAUUAACCUAGUUUAUUUCCUUUGCUGGUAGGGAAUAGUGUCUAGGAAAUUACUUAGGUCUAAAUCAAAACUCUUUAAAAUAUGUCCAGUUAUUUGUAUUCUCAAUGUUAUUAUGUAAAGUUGAUUAUGCAGUGUGACAAUCUAUUUCUCUACCCUGAAGUAGUUUUUGUUUUC